AUAAUUUAGUUUCUAAUAUUUCUGUUUGUUCUCAAAGUAUUACAAAAAGCAAAGAUGCCGGCCGUAAGGAAGCCCAAGCCCCUAAAGGUUCAGAAACAAGUAACGCCAUCCAAGUCACCGGCUCAAGCCAAAACCGUAAUUUCUGGGCAGUUGAAAAAGAAACUGGGCAAGGCGAAACCAGCUCCAAAGGAGCGGAAGGAGCGUGGAGUAGUAUUUAUCAAGCAUUUGCCACAUGGAUUCUUUGAACAGCAAUUGCGUCAAUAUUUCAAACAAUUUGGACAUGUAACGCGGCUGCGACUCGCACGCUCCGAACGGACUGGCGGAAGCAAAGGAUAUGCUUUUGUCGAGUUCGAAUAUCCAGAGGUGGCCAAAGUGGCAGCCAAUACCAUGGAUAACUAUCUAAUGUUUCAGAAAGUGGUCAAGGCAACGUAUAUACCACCAGAGAAGCAAAAGUUUAAUUACUUCAAGAAUACUGUGAAGAAAGUCACAAAUAAGGCUGGCAAAGAAAUUUAUGUUUCGGAUGUAACCAAAGCUACACAGCGCAGUGUUAAGCAACAGAAUGAUUGGAGUGAAGCCGCUUGCCAGAAACGCACAGUCGCCGGCAUCAAGAAACUGAAGCAAAUGGAAAAGAAGUACAAGCAUUUGGGUAUUGAUAUAUCCAAUCUCAUUUUGGAACCAGUCAAGAAAAUAAAGGAGACAGAGCAAUCGAAACCGUCAACGAGCAAAAAGCCAAAGGAUGAAAAAAAGGAGCCGGAGCUGGCUGACCUUUUAGGCAACACCAUUACCGAGGACUCAGAUGAUGAGGACUAUGUGGAUGCAAGUGAUGAUGAUAGCGAGCCAGAACUUAACAGCGCUGAAGAUGAAAGCGAUGAUUCUGAGGAAGAGGAUUUGAAAGUUGUAAAGCCAAAAGCAGCACCCAAAAAGAUGCAGAAUAAAAACACAGGCGCUGAGCGCUUAGUCGAGCUAACCAAGCGCAAGCCGGGCACGGGCGGUGUGCAGAAGAAAAAGAAGCCUGUCGCAGCGCCCAAAGCUGCCCAGAAGUCAGCUACAAAGACACUGCAGCUGGCCGCAGCCAAACAACUGGCCAAGCCAUUGCAGAAGAAGAUUGGCAAAAAGCUAAAGAAGUAGAAUUGUAGUAUAUUUUACCAUAAUAGUUAAGUAAAAAAAAAAAAACAUUUUGUAUAAAGUAAACUAAUUGUCGGCUUUCGUAGACCCGGACAUCUC